GUCUGGGGCUUAAGAGUAAUUAAAACCCUGAAAUGUUGGACGAAUCCGAAAACAGCUGCAUACAAUUCGAAACUGAAGGAGGAAGGAGCUGAGAGCGAUGCAAACAAAAGUUUUCACAUUUGAAAUGCAGCUAGGAUUUGUUUUAGUUUUUGCUUAGCAUGGCUGCCAAAUAUUUGCAGUGGCUCAGGGAUUGUUUGCGGCACCACAGGCCGAGCUGCUUGACGGCUGCAAUUGGAAUUUGCUUUUAAUUGUUUUUAAUUAAGUAUAAUUUAUUGUGCAAACAUCUGAGGAGGGCUGCUCACAAUCUGCAUGCUGAUGCAUUCAAGAAUGUCUCUUCAGUGGGAAGGACUCUUUUGCCAUCGCCACUCGAAAAGGUUAAAGGUCCUGUCCACUUGAAUUUAAAUAAUAAAUACCAUUGGAGGCUACUGGCUUAAUGGGUUAUUGAUUUUACUUAGCCGUUAAUGAGCUUUCGUCUUUCUAUAAAAGGAUCCGUUCACUUUUCACUACUUUUCACUCGGUUCGACAUGCUGACGGACAAGUUUCUUCGACUGCAGUCCAUUUUCUUUCGUCUUUUGGGACUGGAAUUGCUGGACAGCGACGAUGACAGCCAUCGAUAUCCCCGGCGAAGCAUCUGCUGCAUCCUCUCGGUGGCCAGUUUUCUUCCCCUCACCAGCUUUGGCCUACGAAAUAUCCAGAAUGUUGAUAGACUGACCGACUCACUCUGCUCGGUUCUGGUCGAUUUGCUGGCCUCUGCAAGUCGAUUUUUUCUUUGGCUACAUAAGGAUUUAGAUUUCUUAUACAGCAAGUUCCUAAAAGUAUUCUUUUUUUUAGAAAAUCAAUGUUUGGUCGGUGACAGAAUCAUAUCCAGAGAAAAUAAUCGUGAUCAGUUUAUCAGUGUAUAUAGCUACUGUUUUGUGACGGCCGGACUUUCAGCCUGCCUUAUGUCUCCUCUGUCCAUGUUGGUCAGCUACCAUCGGACAGAUCAACUGCAUCCGGAUUUGCCCUUUCCCAGCUUGUAUCCCUGGAAAAUAAUAUAUCUGAACUACUCCCUAUCCUAUUUGUGGAAUGUAAGUGCUGCUCUGGGAGUGGCUUUGCCCACCGUUUGCGUGGAUACCCUGUUUUGCUCCCUGAGCCAUAAUCUUUGUGCUCUCUUCAGGAUUGCCAGGGAAAAAAUGACCUUUGAGGGCAAAGGUCCUGUAGAGACCCGUGAGAACCUGGUGUAUAUACUUAAAUUAUAUGAGGACUGCUUACAACUGGGAAAUUCCUUAAACGCAUACUUCAGGCCGCUCAUUUUCGCCCAGUUUGUGGCAGCCUCUUUGCAUCUGUGUGUCCUGUGCUACCAACUGUCUGCCCAUCUUCUAGAGCCAGCCAUGCUAUUCUUUGCUUUCACGGCAGCCAUUAUUGGUCAGGUUUCCAUCUACUGCAUCUGCGGAUCGAGCGUCAAUACGGAGAGCCAGCUUUUUUGCCAGGCCAUUUACGAGAGCAACUGGCUCCAUCUUCUGCGGGAAAACUACCAGCUUGUGAGGUCUUUAAGAUUGCCAUGAUGCGAUCGAGGAGGGGGAUGCCCCAUCGAUGGUUACUUCUUCGUGGCUAAUCGGGAGACACUUGUCAUGAUUGUGCGCAGUGCCAUAUCCUAUGUAACUCUCCUCAGAUCGCUGGCCUAGCUGCCCCAGGACCUUUUCAUUAUUCAGGGACCUGUUCUGGUUUGUUUAAGUCCGGAAAUAUUUACAAUUAUGCUUUAAGCCGGUGUUGUUACAGCCAGUUGGCUAAUUAAGCCAUGUUAAUGGCAAUAACUGCUAUGGAAAACCAGUGCCCAGGCCUGUUAAUGCCUUUUGCAUUAUUGGCCUUGCUUUCCAACCCCAUCAGGACAUUGAACGCACGUAUACGUAAUAUUUGCUGUUGUCCGUUUGUCCGCUGCUGUAAUUUGCUCUUGUUGUUUUUGUGUUUGGUUUGUGUUGUCCGUUUUUUUUUUUUGGUUUUUUAUUUUUGUCGUCCUCGCACAACAUUGCGGUUGUCUGCACGUGCUCGACGAACGAUUAUGUAUAAAAGUGUGACAUGGUCAAAGGAUUUGGCCGAUUUAACUUUGUUUUGGCCGAUAGACGGGUGGCGUGGGGCUUCCCCUUCCGCCCCCCCUUCCGAAUGUGUGACCCCGUGUGUGUGUGGCAUGCUGCACGUGAGUGCGGUUGGGAAAAGCCAAUUGCAGUGGCCGGGAUUUCAGCGCAUCCGCAGGCAGCGCUUCAGUCAUAAACUGCACGCAACACGGCGGCUUAAGUUUAGCCGAUUUUGUAAUUUGUUUGUAGCCACAAUGCGUUUGCUAACGGGCUCUAAACUACACAAAACAAAAGGUUUUACUAAAAAUGAAAAAAAG